GACGGCGUGUGCGAGCGCAGUCGCUUCUCAUUGCACUCACGCGCCGCUCAGCGUAAAAUUUCAAAACUGGACAAGUUCAAGCAUUCAACAAAUAUGACGGUCAAGAAGCGACCGUCAGAUUUGACGAGCCUCGAGCGGUUCAACAUGUACUACCGAGAAAAGGAACCGCCUUUGACCACUGGGCAGAAGUUCCAGCGAUUUAUAUGGAAUCCGAAGACAAGGCAGUUCUGCGGCAGGACCGGAGCAAGUUGGUCUAAAAUAGCCUUAUUCUACUUCAUCUUCUACGCCGCAUUGGCAAUUCUCGUGGCCAUCUGCAUGUGGACAUUUCUACAGCUCCUCGACGCUAGGCAGCCAAGAUGGCAGCUGGAUAGUUCGAUUAUUGGCACUAAUCCUGGUCUCGGCUUUCGACCCAUGCCACCAGAGGUCGCCAGCAGUGUGAUAUGGUACAAAGGAAAUGAUCCCGGUAGCUACCAAUUUUGGGUUAACGAGUUGUCGAAUUUUUUGAAAACAUACAAACGGGACGCUAACAAAUCCGGGGCCGGUCAAAACAUUCACAAUUGUGACUUUAAGCUACCUCCUCCAGCCGGAAAGGUCUGCGACGUGGAUGUUAAUGCUUGGAGUCCAUGUAUUGAAGAAAAUGGAUUUGCAUACCAGAAAUCGACGCCUUGCAUCUUCCUUAAGCUAAACAAGAUAUAUGCCUGGAAACCAGAAUUCUACAAUAGUUCUGAUCAUCUCCCGUCAGCGAUGCCUGAAGAUCUAAAAGAGCAUAUCAGGAAUAUGACAGCAUAUGAUAAAAAUUAUUUGAACAUGGUGUGGGUGUCAUGUCAAGGUGAGAAUCCAGCAGAUAGGGAGAACAUUGGACCGAUUCAAUACCUGCCUUACAGAGGCUUUCCAGGGUACUACUUCCCCUAUUCUAACCAAGAAGGCUACCUUAGUCCACUAGUAGCAGUUCAUUUACAGAGACCUAAAACGGGUAUGCUGAUCAACAUCGAGUGUCGUGCGUGGGCGCAUAACAUCAAGUACGACAGGCUGGAAGGCGUCGGUUCCGUACAUAUUGAAAUUAUGGUCGAAUAAAACGAUCCUGUAUCGAGUAGUCAAAAACGUUGUUAUUAAUAAGUUUCCCAACAUAUCCUCUAAAUAUCUCUAGAAUUGUAUCCUAAUUAAUACAGCUGGAGUUGUUACGUGACGGUUGUAUUAUUCUUUCUGAAAAUGUAUGGGAAACGUUUUAGUAUAUAAUUUAUUAAUAAAAUGGCCUACUAUAA